AUGAGCAAGCGCUCUUUCGAUGAGUCCAGGGGCAACCAGCCAUCCGAGGCCGAUCAUAAUGGCCUGUUGGCCAUACACGAGCUACUCUCGCCUGACGAGCAGGACCAUGACCCGACUCCACCCGCGGGUCAGACCAAGAGGCCCCGGAACUUCAUUGCCACGGUGGCUUGUGAGACAUGUCGGCUGAAGAAGACACGAUGCGACGAGUCCCGACCGAAAUGUGGUUUGUGCAAGUCCAUCGGUCUGGAUUGUGUCUAUAAUGAGCGAAGAUCAUCCAAACGGGAUCAAUCUCUCACGAUGAUUAUGAGUACCCUUCAUCGGCUGGAGACGAAGCUAGAGAAUAUCCCUUCGUCAAUUCUCAGUGACCUCCAGGCGUUAGAGGGCCAAUUACGCCAUACAAAUGGUAAUUCGCAAGAGGUGCAUCCAUCUCCUGCUCGUCGUGAUGAGGGUCGGCAUACAUCUAUCAUGCCUUCCACCGCGACUCCAGGCUUCACGCCAGCCGCCCGAGACGGGGAUGACUUUGACUGGGAACAGAACCAGCCAGCCCCCGACGCGCCUGGUCGUAUCUCCAUUUCCUUCAGUCAGCAUGGAGUUAUUCUAUGGCCGGGUGCACGCAAUAUCCUUCCUGAGCAGCUACUCUCCGCCUAUGAGCUACUGGGCAAGAACUACGUGAUCGAGCUGGAAUCGACGCGUCCCCCUCUGCCCAUGUUCACAAGCCCGUUUCCACUCCACUCGGGUGAACACUGGUUGGAAGUGCUACCACUCGCUAUGAUCAAAGGCCUGGCCGAUGCGUUCUUCGCCGUGUUCAAUCCCUUCACCCCCAUCAUGGACAAGACCUUCUUCUUCUCUUUUACCCUUGGUGCAGCCAUUGAGAGUGGCUUCGGGUAUACCAUGGAAAGCUGUCUAGUUCUGAAUGUUCUCGCUCUUGGUUGUCUGGGUGUGCUAGCUUAUCAGGAGGGGAACUAUCCCCUCCCAGGCACACAGAGCCAUCGCUUCGAGCCGCCGGAGUGGAUGAAUGUGGUCUAUGAAGAACAGGCUGGCUUACGAUUCUUCAAUGAAGCUCGUCGUCGUAUUGGCUUCUUGAUGUGCAACAAUGAUAUCCAGAGUUGCCAGUUCUUCUUGCUUUCUUCUCUCUACUACAGCCAUAUUCCCCGUCCGAUGGAUGCUUGGGCUAUGAUCCAUCGUGCAGCGACUUGUUGCCUCUCUAUGUUGACCAACCACGACGUAAACUUCGAUGAAUGGGAGGGGGACAUGAAGUCUCGUGUAUACUGGAACUGUCUCAUGAACGAGACAAUCCUCGUGCAAGAACUGCAUCUUCCCCCAAGCGGACUGACCCGUCUCGAGGAGCAAGUCCCCAUUCCGAAGUUCAUCGCCUUCGAAACAACCGGUUACCCUUCCACUCGGUAUCCCUCAUCUACGGUCGUCGAUGAUUCAUACUUUCAGUAUCACUUCCUCGCACAGGUGGCACAUCGCAUCAUCUUGACUCGUAUCCGGCAUUCCCUCUAUUUCUACUCCGACUCGGGAACAAUCCCUCUCCCAGCAAUCAAUACCGAACUCCAGCACCAGCUUGAGCAAUGGCGCAACAACCUCCCAUCAGCCAUUCAAUUCACCGACGCCCAACUCCAGCCAUGCUACUCCACCCCGGCCGGCGACAUGUCAUCUGUUCAUAUGUCACCCUCAUCAGCAGCAUCUCCAAACCACGUUACCCCACGGCCAACAGAUCCAAACCGCCCACUAUCACCCGCGGUAGCAGUAACCGACGCCAUGUUGCGUGGGCGAUACAUGAUUGCAAAGUUCCACAUCGGCAGACCAUAUCUAUACAAAGCCCUCCGCAUCCCAAACCUGUUGACAGAUGACGAUCUGGAGCAAAUCAAAAGUGGACUGCAAAAUGCGAUGGACUGGCCCGUGACACAGGGUAUCUUUCGAAAAAUGAAGAGCUGCAUUCCCAUCAAGUUUGCCUUCUGCUCGCAAUUCUUUGGACAGAUACUCCUCUUCUAUUGCAUCGCUCAUUCACCCAGUGCGCGGGUACGAGAGACCUUGCCUGUGGGCUGGGAACGUUGGAAUGAUGAAAUGAUGCGAUUCUUGGAAGAUUGCGAGCGGACCAGUCCCGCCGUAGCACAGGAUUUGGAGCUAUUGCGCUCUUUAUGGCCUGGACAUGACUGA